AUGGAUUUGACCAAAUAUUCCACCAUCAACAUACAACAGAAACAACAUCGUCAUUAUCAUCAACAACAACAGCAACGAAGCCUAAAUUCACAAAUGUCAAAUUUAACUUCAACAGAUAUAGGUCACACUUCACAUAACAUAAACAUUAACCAAUGUUCAAUGCUGCUUUCUGCUUCAGCUAUUAUUCCUUUGCCAUCAACAUCUUCUAUAACAACAAGUACUACUACUACUAAGAAUUUAGUUCAGGAAAGUUCUCAUUUAUCUGCUGAAAAUAAUUCUACUUCUAGCCUGGUACAAUUAUUGACUUCACCAAAAACUACGGUUUUACAUCGACCAACCCCGAUACAUCCCAUUGCUUCACGUUUAUUCACUUUAACGGCAAAAACUCCUGCACUGGAAACAAGCCUAGAAGCACCAUUGGAUCUCAGUCAGUCGACAGCUGCUCGACAACAAUCGCUUAUUAAUAAAACACAGCAACAGCAUCAAUUAAAAUUUCUUCCAACUUGUGCAAACCCAAGUUUAAAUUCCAAUUGGAUUGCAAUUAAAUUUGGUGCUGCCGUUGGACCAAAUCGAAUGUCCUAUCCACGAGAAUUUAAACUUAUGGUUAUUAAUUAUUACUAUACUAAUGGACAGAACAAAUAUCGUACCUGUAAAGAAUUUCAAAUAACAAAAUCAAUGCUCAAUGGAUGGCUACAAAAAAUUGACAAAAUCCGACAGUCCAGGCCUGGCUCGCUAAAAUCUGGCCGUAGCGGGCGAAAACCGCAAUUUCCUGAUAUUGAAAAACAACUGUUUCAUCUCUAUCAUGCACAUUUGGGAACUGGAAAGAAAGUUGGGAAUCGAUGGAUUCGGGAAACAGCUCGAAAUCUUGCGCAGCAGCAAUGUUCAGAGCAGGAACUGGCCGGAAUGUGUCAAUUUAGUGAGCGAUGGUUAAGUAAUUUCAAGAAACGAUAUAGAAUCAACCUGAACCGCGACUGGUCUUCUGGUAAUAGUAGUUCCGGAAGUCUAGGUUCUGCUGAAUCUGUUAAAUCCGGUAGUAGUGCCGCAGAUUCCAUACAACAAUCACCUGCUAAAUCUGAUGAAGCAGCAGAAAAUGAGAGUAUGGAUUCAGAUGCUGAUAGUGUUCUUAGCGAUAGCUUGGAAACUCUAAUCGAUGUAGAUGAUCAAAUGAGUCCAGACAAUCCACUGACCAUGCUUACAUCUGGAACACUUCCAACAACUCAAGAAUAUGUUCAGGAAAUUUUGAACAAACCUGGUCAACUACCAAUCCAAGCAUUCUAUGAAAGAUUUCCAUGGUUAUGUCGAAAAAAUCAAACGGGUACGGAACCAGGCCGCAGAGGUCGUAAAGUUCAAUUUCCAGGUGUAGAAAAAGUUUUAUUCGAAAGAUUGCAAGAGCAACAAUCAAAGGGUGAGCGAAUUUCAAAUCGUUGGCUUCAACAACAAGCCCGUGAACUUGCUUUGCAAAUUUGUCCUGAAGUAUUACAAGAAGCGACAAAAUCUGCUCGUUGCUUGUUUUCUGAACAUUGGUUGCAUAAUUUUAAAAAACGUUAUGGUGUAACAUUGAAACAAACGAAUCGACAUGCUAUCAAUUCUUCAAAAACUACAGAAAUUCCAUCACCUUCAACUAUCAUAUCUCAAUGUGAUUCUACCUUAACAGAUGACCAAAAUUCUAUCCCAUCAAUCAACGAUACAACAACAAAACCUGUAACAGAUCUUACUACAGUGUUGCAGCUUCAAAACUGCUUUCUUGCGAAAUAUUACUCUCAGGAGCAAGGAACAAAUGCAGAAUCAGCAACAACAUCAUUACCGCAAUCAUCGUAUCGCAACAUCAUACCUGCAUCAUCUGCAUCUGUGUGGUAUCCUGCACCGUUGACGCAAUGCUUACUUUGA